AUGAGUGCGCCUAUGCUCCCUGCAAUGCACUUGUCGUCGACGGAUGGCAUGCAGGAAUUCGUUGCUCUCGAUUUACCGAGUAGCAGCAAGUUCAGCGUCUCAUACGCCUCCACAAGCCGUCAGAACAUGAUGGCUUCUCAUCACGAACGGAGGUCGUCGUUUAGCUCCUCAGAGGGCGAGAUGCUUAGCUUAGAAGGGGAGCCGUUGGAAGGGGAUAACUCCGGAGACAUCUACCGAACAGAGGAACCUAGCACCCCACUGUUAGGUUAUGGCUCAGAUUUGCCAAAUACUCAGGAUGAUGAUCUCCUCAAACCCUCAUCACUGCUCUCAAGGCGUUACUCCAUGCCUCUGCCUUCGCAACUUGCCCAAUUACAGCAUCCUCACAGACCUGGCCCCUCAUUACCCGUCCGCUCCGAUUCUUAUUUCUCUUCCGCUCAAUCUGCUCAAGUUCAUGAACUCUCAGUGGAGCUCGCGGACGCCAGCCAGAUGAUUAUUCAGACCAUGCUGCAGAUAUCGCCACCUCAGGUUCUGGACCCCACAAAGGAACAGUUGUCAGCAUGUUCUCUUUCAGUGCCUACCUCUUCCAUUUCUGCCAUAUUCACUGCCAUGAAGAAUAUAAAUUAUAUCUCUGCGAACAUGUCGGCCUUCUGCAGCGAACCAAUGAGCCCACGCGCUGCAGAGAAAUCUCCCGCACGCUUAAGCCCACCGAUCCUCAACGAAUUUGAUAUUGGGGAGACGCUGCAGUGUGUUGGCGAUGUUCUGAGUGGCGCUGCGGCUGAGGCUGGCGUGGAUUUGGUAAUUUAUCAUGGCGACGUUAGUCUGAAGCACAUCUACGUUCUCGGCGACGAGAGUGCAAUCUCUUACGCUCUUUGUCAUAUCGUCCGGCAAGUCCUACACACUGCUCAGCGAGGAGACUCAAUAGAGCUUGGCCUCCUUGUCACGCCGGUCAAUACGCACCCGGACCCCCCGAAUGUUGUUUCUCUGGACGAUGAACAGUUGAGAGAUUUACCAAGUCUGGCGGGUUCUGCCUUUCAGUUUACCAUUCGAAUAUCACACAAAUACGGGCCCUCGGAAUUAGACCAGGGAACAAGUCGGUCGAACACCUCAGAAUCACCAACCCGCCCCAGAGCAUCAUUUUCAGCGCAGCUGUUACACCAAAUACUUGACCAGAUUGAUGGAACUCUGGAGCCCGAACUCUUAAUUCCUGAAUCACUUACAAGUGGGCGUACAUGCGAUCUUCGGUUCACCUUGCAGAGUGUAGCUUCUCCUCCGAGAACGCCUAUACAAGAGUUUGGAACAGAAAGUGGUGGCAGCCCCGAACCAAGUAUUGAAUUACUGACAACGUUUGUGGAAUCGUUGAAGGGAAAAAAGACAACGUUAUAUGCGAGCUCUAAACGUUCUUUCGCACAACAUCUUACAAGCUAUCUGACAGCUUGGGGAAUGGAUGUUAGCCACGUUUCACCUGACGGAAAUGUCGACGGAGUGACUGAUUCCCCAAUAUCCCCACCCCCAGCUAAAAACCAAACGCCGCAAGUCUUAUCAGCCUAUCAUGCGAACGCAGAAGGCACCCUAGGAUCCGGUGUCCUAUUCAAUGCAGAAUCCACACAACCGCUGACAGAGUCACCUUUGUUUAUCUUGAUUGACGAUAACGUUGACAUUCUUAAAGAGCGUCUUCAAGCGUUACGGAUAGAACAAAAUCAACCGUCGUCAUACCGCAAUCCACGCAAGCGUCCCUCUUUAGCCGCCAACCAUCGACCACGAUCGUCACCUCACUUAGCCCGUCUGCUGGGGCAAAACACUACACUUCGCCAACCGGUGCCUGCGACUAUAAUGAUGUUUGCCAGUCUUUCUAAAUACAAAUUAUUGAAGGAUGUUAUGCAAAGUAUCGUGACUUCUUACACUGCGUCUUCUAUCCCUUUGCCAGAAGUUAUGAUAAUCCCCAAACCUGCUGGACCCCGUCGCUGUCUGACCGCACUUCACACAGCAGUUACAAAACCAACUGUGGACUCCUCAUUCAUACCUAUCGCAACGUCUCCUACGAGUCCUGGCGUCAACACACGAACGUCAUUUUUCAGCAGUCGCCACAAUAGUGUGAGCAGCAACCCUCCUGCCAGUCCCUCCUCAACCACCUCCACAACCAAAUCCCGGCCUGUUGGCUCUCGCUCCGAUUCCGAUCGUUCCACUAGAUCCACGAAAGAUAUUUUGGAGCAACCAUCAAAUCUUCCUCCCUCACCCCUUGCACUACCUGACAACGUUGAAUAUUUCUCGGCAGCAGCCCAAAAGUUAGGAACUUCUCCCUCUUCAGGGCUUGUCAUUCAGAGCCCAGAUGGCCAGCCCGCUGGCAUCUAUUUCCACCCUCGCAGCAAAGGCUCGCGGAACCCAUCCAGUCAAUUAAUGGAAAGAGAUAAAGGCCAAUUGGGAGUGCCGCCCCCUCGUAAGGCGUCCGCGUCAAGAUUAACUCCCAACAGCUUCGGUGAAGCCGUUGUUUCGUUUUCGUCAUUGCACGCAGCUAUGUCCCCUAAAACCACGUCAUCUGAGUCUGGCGAAGGAGGCCUUUCGCAGUCCAUCUCAUCGCUCAAUGUUCAAAUUCCUGAUAGGCAGCCAACACCUCCAAGUUCAAUGCCAUCGCUUGCCUCUAGUAUCCUUGCACCUGUCCCACGUCGACCAUCUGAAAGCAACCGCAAUCUAUCUCCACCUCCACAAUCCCCUUACCCUGAGGGCACACCUUCUCGACGGAGUUACAACAAACGCCCGUCACCUCAAGACAAGGAUUCGUUCAAUAAAAAGGGGAAGGCGCCAGCUGAUGGUAACAUCGUUCCGCCCAUUAGUGUCCUGAUUGUUGAUGAUAACCCAAUCAAUCAGACCAUUCUUUCGACCUUUAUGAAAAAGAAGAAGAUUACUUAUCAAUUGGCGAGCAAUGGACAAGAAGCCGUUGAAAAAUGGCGCACAGGACAGUUUCAUUUGAUUUUGAUGGAUAUCCAAAUGCCUGUCAUGGACGGGAUUCAAGCAACAAAGGAGAUACGGCGCCUAGAAAAGAGCAACGCAGCAUCUGGGUAUCCACCUAAUCUAACACCCUCCACCGAAACAGAAGGGCAAAGGACACCAUCAGAAUCAUCAGUGUCUGCUACGUCGUCGGAGAGUCGACCGCCCGCCUCGCCUUAUCGCUCUUCUGUAAUCAUCGUCGCCCUCACCGCUUCAUCGCUACAGAGUGAUCGUGUUGCUGCGCUUGCAGCUGGGUGCAAUGACUUUUUGACCAAGCCUGUGUCGCUCCUCUGGCUGAACAACAAGAUUAUCGAAUGGGGCUCUAUCAAAGCUUUGCAAAUGUGGGCUGAUGUUCGCCCCGACGCCAUGCGAAAUAUGAACACUGGACAAGCGGCGCAAGCUCGCAAUGUUGCCGAGCGACUGAACAUCCCCAAAGGUCGCGCAACGCCAUCGCCGAGCCGCUUACAGGAGAAUGCUGCGGCCAUCGCACUUGCAUCACCUGCAGGAUCAAGUAUAAUUCCCAGUUUCGUCCCCGGCGGUCUCUCUGGAACCUGCACCGACAACAGUACCCCAACCUGCCCACCGAACGAAUCGUUCCGAGCAAGUUUCGACUCGCCACUUGAAACUGCCCUUACUGACUUAUCGAAAGUCCAACCUUUCACCAGGAGGUUCUCCGACAUCGCUGAUCAUACACCAACACAAAGUUCUGUGAAGACUGAUGCUACUCGUAGUUCAAGCUCAGAUUCAUUAACGCCUACAGCUACCUUACCUGAGACAUUAUCUAAUGACGGCGAGGAGAUUCGGGAGAAUGGCCAUGCUGGCGCCUUACGCCCCCGUCCACCAGACAGAGACACAUCUGUCAAUAAAGUACCCUUGCCAUGA